CCAGGACUGCCUGCAGAGUCAGUGCUGCCCAGAGAUAAACCCUGGAGAAAGAGGCACUGCCAGUCUGAAGUCCCAUGGCAGAAUCUGUACUGAAAAGUCUGAUAUCCAGAGGAAGGUUCUGAAGAGUGAGGAGGUAAGAAAUGGCUCCCAAGUUUUCCAAGAUACUUGUCAACAUGUACAGAAAGGUACUGGAAUAUUCAAAAAUCCUUGACUGUAUAGGUCCCAUAAGGGUGCUCUGCUAUCUGGGCAGUACUGCUGGUACCAAACACUAUGGCAGUUAGCAUGAGCACUGCAAAUAUGUGAGAGGGUCAAAAUUCAAAAGAGCCCUUUAAAAACCACAUGAACCAUUAACAGAAAAGUAUGUUUCUUUGAUUUCUACCAGAACAACUCUGUAAAUUCAGCAAUAAUUUUUCUAAGAAUGAUCCAGAAAUAAAAUACACACCUGUAGUACUGCAUGGGGUGUGAUGGGGAAAUAACCAAUUACUUAUGUGCAAUUCUAGUUAUUGUAUCCAAAGGAUGAUACAAUACAAUAAUUUGUCUUUAUGCUGCUAUUAAAGUUGCAGUACUGAAUGGGCAAAGCUGAGCACCCAAACCAGUCCCCUUGCCCCCUCAUGUUUAAGUGGUGGGGUCCUACAAACACAAUUUUAUAUUUAUGCCUGCCAUAGCAUCAUCAAACGUUAGCACUCACCACUGCAGCUGCUUCCACUGAGAAAGACUUUGAGCUGUUUAAUGCACCUGAUGCUGAUCAUUCCUGCCUGGAGCCGUGGUGAAAUACAUUCACCAGUCACUGCUUUAUUUACUCCUGGGGCAUUUUGCUAGAGGCAUUCAAUGGGCAGAGCAUAUUUAUUUUUCUUUUGAGAUUAGAAAUUAUGUGAAAUACUUAUGCAUUAAUAAUUUUUUAGCUUUAAAAUCCCUUUGCCUUGACUUUCUAGAGAUUUGCUUCAGGGCUGGAGAAGGAUGUUUCCAGGUGAACCUGAUUUGGUUCUGACAGUUGUGACAGAUGCAGUUCAUUUGGGGGAGGGAGGGAAAAUGGUGAAGGGAGGAUAAAAGGCUUUGGAAGCUGGUUUUGAGUCCUUUCUGUCAGGGAAGCUUUCUAGUCUUCUGUCUUAGUAGCUGCCUGUUGUUUUCUCCUUCAUAUUAUGCCAUCACCUAUUCCUCUUAAUUGUUUUCUUUCUUUCGAGUAUUCCCCCUCUGUGAAUUUGCGCCCCUGCAGCAGCCCUUUAGUUAUCCCUGGCAAAGAGAGCAAAAGCUUUCUGGGGGGAGCUUCUUUAGCCAGGACUCGUCGCUUGCCCUCACGCUUGUCCUGGUGCUCCAUUGACUGGGAGCAGCUCUGCCUCCUGCAGCCCUUAGGAUCUGGGGGCUUUGGCUCUGUCUACAAAGCCACCUACCAUGGUGCAACGGUGGCUGUGAAGCAGGUGAAGAAGAGCAGCAAAAACCGGCUGGCGUCGCGGCAGAGCUUCUGGGCUGAGCUGAACGUGGCCCAGCUCCAACACGAUAAUGUGGUACGUGUGGUGGCUGCCAGCACCUGUGCCCCAGCCAGCGACAACAGCCUGGGCACCAUCAUCAUGGAGUAUGUGGGUAACAUCACUCUGCACCAUGUCAUUUAUGGCACUGGGGAUGCAUGGAGACAGGGGGAGGAUGAUGAAGAAGGAUGUGGAAGGAAGGCCCUGAGCAUGGGAGAGACUGUGUGCUACUCUUGUGACAUCAUGACAGGCUUAGCCUUUCUGCACUCACAGGACAUUGUGCACUUGGACCUGAAGCCUGCAAAUGUUUUCAUCACUGAGCAGGGAGUGUGCAAGAUUGGAGACUUUGGGUGCUCCCAGAAACUGGAGAAGGGCUCGUCCCAGAGCGCCCAUGUUUGCCAGCAAGGGGGCACGUACACACACCGUGCCCCUGAGCUCCUCAAGGGGGAGAGGGUCACUGCCAAAGCAGACAUCUACUCAUUUGCCAUCACCCUCUGGCAGAUGGUCACACGGGAGCAGCCGUACCUGGGCGAGCGGCAGCACGUGCUCUACGCCGUGGUCGCCUACAACUUGCGCCCUUCCCUGGCUGCUGAGGAGUUCCGGGAGUCACCAGUGGGCCAGACACUGCACAGCAUCAUCAGCUGCUGCUGGAAGGCCAAUGCAGAGGAGCGCCUGCGUGCAGACCAGCUGCUUCCCAGCCUCAGGGCCCUCAAGCAGAGCCUCUAGGAAAACUCAGGACUCCUUAUAUUCCUUCUGUUGACUUUUCUUUCCCUCUACCCUUCCUCUGAACAUAAUUCAUUUAGCCUCUGUGUGAUCUGAAGGCUUUGUUGCUGUUUUUUAUACUUGAAAAAAAAAAAAAGCCCCAAACUCUUUUGGUAUAAGAAUAUUAUAAAUAAAGAGAUUUAAUGAAACUGUGGGGUUUUACCCUGGAAGGGGAUAGUGGCAAAGAUGAUGUUAGCAGACACGAUUUUUUCUGGUUGAUGUGUUAUGUGCUGCCUUGCUCACUAGGAAAUGUGAUGUGCAGAAAAAUUGUUGGUUGUAAGUAAGUGAAGUACAAACAAGGGUCUGCUUUUGGAAGGUUCUUUAUACAUAAUACCUUUUAGUAUUUUUAAAAUGUCAAAUAUGAGUAGUUCUUGACACCAGCUAGGGUAGUGCAUUUGAGCUUUUCCUGUUCAUUUACCAAGGAAUGAGUAUGUAUUACAAAUCAGUGAAUGCAGAAAAAAAAAAAUACAGUGUCAGUGGUCUAUUUAACUUGUUCUUAGAUAUACUUAAUUCCAAUAAGUAUGCUGCUUCUGAUAUGGAAAAUGUGAACUACUCACAUACCCCUUGAAUUAAAGAACCUUUUUGUCAGUCUAAGGCUACUAAGAGUAAGAAGUUGCAUUAACAACCUGUCCUUUUUAUAAGAUUUCCCUGCUACCAGUUGUGUCAGUAGCAGCUUGCUAGUUGGAGCACUGUAAAUUUUGAAGCAUUAUAAGAAGAUUUUGUGCAGAAUAGAGUUUAAAAAAAGGGGACAAAAGAAUGGUAAAGUGAGGAUUAUUUUGCUUUAUAAUGCAUGGCUCAAUAUUGGACAAGAUACUGGAAGUACUGAAAAGGAAGUUUGCUUACAGUAGUAAUAAUGUUCCUCUGCUGGUGCUCAAAGCAUACACUAUUGAACUAUCCUGUGCACUGCUUAUGUCUUAUCUGCUAUCUUUCCUAAUCUGGUUGUAGUGUGUCUGGGAAAGGAAGUGCUGUAGGCAACACUGAAGACAAAAAGCUCUGAUCCCUGACUUAUCAGAACUGAUAAUUGUACAUCUGCACCCUUAUCUGGAGCUGCCUGCUGUAGCUGAUAUUACCAUUCUGCUCAAAGCCUCUGGUUCUUUUUAAGACAGGAGAAAGAGUGAUGUUUCAGUCAAACUGUUUUUCUUCUUUACCCUUCCUCCCCCUUGCUCCAUUCUGGGGGAAAAAAAAAACAGAACUCCCAAAGGAAUUGAGCCAGUUUCCUGAUUUCUGACACACAUCUGUUCUUAGCUCUGUGAAAUCCUGGAAAUGAGCAACUAUGUGAAUUUGAGAUGAUUCUGUAGGUCUUUAUGGUAUUUGGGUUGGUAAUUGAAAUUAAUGGUUUAUAAAGCAUAUCUAAGCUUAACUAUUUCUUGGUCUUCUGUCCCCCUUAAGUGGAAAUAGAAAAUGCUGGCUGGAAUAAAAAACCCUGAAGUAAAUUCUGGAAAAAGUUUCCUGUGUUUCUCUGUCAAAAUAAUUAUGCUAUAGAACCAGAACCCUUUU